GUUUAAAAAGAAGGAGAGAGAACUCGCGGCGUCCCUUUAAAUUUUCUAUUCAAUUUUUUAUUGUUUCGGCGCCCCUUUGAACUGAUCCGUGUCUCUGAUUUGGCUCAAUAUUUACCUACCGACUCUGAAACGAGUGUUUUAACGAGAAAAGAUAAAUCUUAAAAAUCACACUUACAGCAAUGCGGAAGAGCAGGAAAACAUGUAGUUUAGUUAAACUACAAGAUUCAAUGAGGGUGAAGUUUGUUUUUCCACUUCCAUAAGGACGCGGAAGGAGUAAAGUGCCUUCAAAGUGCGAAAAGCUGCCUUGGGAGAUCGUAAAGUUUUACAACUUAUAAACUAUUUCGUAUGUCCCCUCCUGGGAAAAUGUUAGUUAAAGGGUUGAUUAACGUUUUUGUGCAGGUCUCGUCAGGAGGGGUUAUUUAUAAAAUUGUUUUUUUUACUCUCGAAGUAGACGAAUUCUCGGUAGGGUGUCGCAGCACGUCGCAGUACUCGGUGAUGUUUUCCAUUGUCAUGGAACAAAAGAAAAUAAUUAUUAGUUCUAAUUAUGUAUAUUUAGGUAAAAGUUUUAAGCAACUUUUUUUCUUUUUUCCCCAGUGGGAGUAGAUUUUCUGUUUAUGUAUAUUCUUUCUUUCUCUCACACCAGCUGUAUGUUUUGAAUAUAUAUUGAAUUGAGUUUAUAAUUGUUUUUUUAUUAGGUGUUACAUAACCAGCUGGCAAGUGGUUCACAUUUUUUUUUAAUUCCCUUGACACCUUUGUGGGUUUUUUAUGAAGUUUUUUUGAAAAAUAAAGUAUUCAUAUUUGAAUUUUGCUGUGUCAACAUGUCUGCUUCACAUUCAGAGUAUAUUCAAAAGCUAUGUAGAUUGUGGAAGAAAAUUGUGAAAAGUAAACAUUACGUUAAUUUUAAAUCUUGUGAUAUUUACAGUGAAGUGUUUCAAUCUAUAUAUGGAAUAAAUUGUGAACAAGAAGAUCCUUGUGUAUUUCCUAAAUUUACUUGUAAUGGAUGUAGAAGAAAAUUAGAUGAGAUGAAAACGUCAAAAAAAAUAAUUGGUACUGCUGCAUCAUUUUACCCUCAUGUGGAUGAAAAUUGUGUGUGCAUGAAUUAUGCUGUAAACAGAAAAGACAGCUUAAAAAUACUGGAAUUAGAUGUGAGUAUGAAGAAAGUUGGUUUUAGUAUAUGUGAUAAAUCGGAUAACUAUAAACGUGUCUAUACCCUUUGUCAAAAUGAAAAAGAAUUAAACCAUUUGCUUACAAUACGUAUAGACAACAGCAAUGGUUGGGAUUUCUCCAUAUAUGGGAAACCUAUGGAGAAAGAAACAAUACAACUAACAAAAACUCUGCCAUGUGUUUUGAAAAAUGAUGAUAUUUCAACUUUCUCGUCAUUCUGGAAGUCAGUCAGUGUUUGCACGGGGUUACAAGGUUAUGAAGAUGUAAUCAAGUCGAGAUGUAAUUUCGAACAGCCAUUCAUGAAUCAGAGUGGAACAUUUCCAGUAGCUUUUGUUGAAGACGAUAAAAUGGUCAGAUUUGAUGAAGACAAUUUUAAAACAAUACGCCAUACCAACUGUCAUUUUUUAGCUGAAAAACCUUCAUCUGUAUGUAGUAUGUGCAAUUCUUUUAAACCAACAGUUAAAAAAGUUAGAAGUAGACGGAAAAGUGAUGAUUCUGUGCUUGAUUCCUCACAUACAAACAUUCGAUAUCUUUCCAGAGAAGAACUAGAGGAAAGAUAUCGCAAUACUCAGGGAGAAAAACAGAGAGCAAUAAAGAAAGUUGCCCAAUUAUCAUCUUGGGUAAGAAAAAUUACUGAGAAAGAAUGCAUCCAUGUUGAUGAUGAGCAACACGAAUUUAUAAAAAAUAUUGUUUGCAAUGAGGAAACAUGUCCUGAAAUACCCGAAGGCAGUCCCCAGUGGUUGUUAUGGGAGCAACAAAAAGAAAUGGCUUCCAAAAGUUCACCUAAUGGCAUGAGAUGGCACCCACUAAUUAUUAGGUGGUGCCUCAGUUUAUACCACCAUUCACCAGCAGCAUAUAAACAUUUGCGAAAUCCGAAUUUGAAUUUUUUAAAACUCCCACAUAUUGACACACUUAAAAAAUACAUAAACUUCACUGAUCCAAUGUGUGGAUUCAAUCCAGAUGUCAUUGAAAGAUUAAUAGUGGAUAGUAAAAUUGCAACUCUGGAUGAUCACCAAAAAAACGUUUCGCUUAUUUAUGAUGAGAUGAAAAUAAAAGCUGACUUGGUGUUCAGACAGUCAACUGGACAAUUGGUUGGUUUCACUGAUAUGGGGGAUAUUAACGAUGAGUUAGUUGAAUUUCAAAAACGUGCUGAGGGAUCAUCAGAGAAUGAUCGUCACUUUGCUUCCUAUGUGAUAGUGUUUAUGGUUCGAGGAAUUGUUUCAUCUCUGGUGUAUCCUUUUGGAUAUUUCGCAUCAUUGGGAUUUACCUCUGAUCAGCUCUAUCCAUGUGUAUGGGAGGCGACAUAUGUAUUGGAGGCAAUUGGUUUUUAUGUUCGAGCAUUUAUUUCAGAUGGUGCUUCUCCCAAUAGGAAGUUUUACAAAAUUAUGGUGACACCUGAUAUUGGUAACACAUAUUGGACCAACAACUUAUUAUCAUUGGACAGAAAGAUCUUUUUUAUAUCCGAUGUCCCUCAUCUCAUUAAAACAACGAGAAACUGUUUCGAGAACUCUCAUGGAAACAAUAAUACACGCAAUCUUUUUCUCGAUCACAUGGAUAUCAGCUGGAACCAUCUUGUCAAUGUUUAUGAAUGGGAUCUGAAUUUACAUGGAGCAGCACCUGGAUUAAGGAAACUUUAUAAACUAAAAGAGGAUCACAUAAAGUUUCAUGGACAAACGGUGUUGUUCUAUAAAUGUAUAUUUUUUUUAUCUUUGUCCAUAGUGAAAUCAUUCGUGGAACUGACCAAAUUACUUCUCCAGAGUCCAAAUGUCAAGAUGAUUUUGAGCGAGAAAUUCUCACAAGAUCCAUUGGAGGAACAUUUCGCUCGUCAAAGACGAAGUGGUGGUACAUGUGACAACCCAACACUUUAUCAAUUUGGCCAACAAGAACUUUCUUUGCUUGUUAUGAAAUCUGAGUUGAUCAGAGAUCUACGUGGAAACACUCGACGUGGUAAUCAAAAUCAGAUUCACCUAGACGUAAAUGAUAUGAGGAAACUUCAACAGAAAAGAAAGAGAUAGUUAUUUAUAUAUUGAUACUUUUGGAAACAUGAUUGUUUGACUAUUUUAUUUAUAUUUUUUCUGAGUAUGUCAGACAUUUUUUCCAUUACGCUUUUUCAACAUAGAAGUUGUUUUGUUAUUAGUGCCUUGUCUUUUGAGUCACAUCUUUUGCAAAUAUUUUUAGUGGAGUACGAUUUUGACUUUGAUUUGAAACAUUUUUUUGAAAACAUCAAAUCUUAGAAAAUAAUUGAGAUUAAAAAAAUUUAGGAUUGCUACUUUAUUAUUGCUAUGUAAUUUUUAUUUAUGUCAUCGGGAAAUUACAACUAUUACGGAAUUUCUUUUAUCUUCAUUUCGAAUGGAUCCGCCAUACGUGAAUAAAUAUUACAGUUUUGUUUUGCUUUUUUACAUACUCACUUCGCGAUAUGUAGAACAACCCUGGGGACAAGUUUCAUUAUAUUCCCAACAAGAAUUCAUGCGAAGGAGUGUCGAAAUUAAUAU